AUUUCACGUUUUAUGGGUCGGAGUCAGUACCGUGCACCAGUGGCGCACCAAAAUAUAGUGCUCAAAAGCGAUCUCUAAUUUUAGCGUUCUGCAACAGCUGUGCAAUUUAUUUACAUAUUUGGAUCGCGUUUAAAAUGACUCUUGUUAGAGACCAUGUACCGGCCUUGCGCAAAGGUUCGUCAAAACCGCAAGAUGAUUCUUCGAAGAUCACCGUGUACAGUGUACGAGGCUCACCGUACUGCCAAAGAAUUCGACUACUCAUGAAUGUUCUACAUAUCCCAAUGCGCAUAGUGAAUGUGCAUAUCUGGGAUAAACCGGAAUGGUUUGUUGGAUUGACGCCGUUCAGUAAAGUACCCAGCAUCACCGACACUGACAGCCGCAGUUUAUGCGAAUCUUUGACGAUUGCCGAGUACGUCGACAACAAAUAUGGCAACGGAAAACACCUACUGCCAAAAGACAACUAUUUGCGCGCCCAACAAAAAAUUCUGGUGGAAAGAAUUAUGCUUCUGGUCGGCGAUCCAGUGCGGGAAGUGGCAUUCAAGGCAACAAAAGAAGCCGGCGAAGAGCUUCUUCGACGCAUCGAAAAAGCGCAAGAACUGUUAGAAGACGAUUAUUUUGCCGGCAAAGAAAUGGGUUUCGUCGACAUUAUGGUGUAUCCGUGGUUUGACCGAUCGCCAGCCUAUUUGCGCACGGUUGGUGUGGAUAUCAACACUGGAAACACGAAAGCGAUCAUGGCUUGGCGGGAGCGAAUGCUGACCAACCCGGCAGUGACGGGGUCAUCUUACUCAGACGCUUUUUAUACGGCCAUCCUGGAAGGCCGCCGGAAGGGCAAACCCGACCCAGACGUUGGCAUGGACCUUUAAUUAGGACGAUGUAUGCAGUGUUGUGCUAAGCAGUCAAAGUUAAUUUGUGUCGGUUCGACCUUAUUUUUUUCAUUGUGGGUGUGGUGGUUGAGAAUUUAUGGUUGUUUGUUUCAAACAUCUGCAAGCGGUAAACAACACCAGAAAAAAAUAAGAGAAAAAGUUCAA